AACGGUCAAAACAAUUAACAAGCCCCCACAAGCACGCAUACCCAACGUUCACUCUCCUCCGUCUCCUCCUCCUAACGGUUACAUUUACUUCCCCACUGUGUCCCUUCCAAAAUCAUCCAUAGCAUAACCCCCCCACCACAAAAGCUCCUUCUCUCUCUCUCUCUCUCUCUCUCCCCCCACUGAACUUCUUCUUCUUCUGUUCUCUCUCUCUCUGUUUGUGUGUCUUAUGGAACCAGCGAAGAUCGAUUGGAAAAACAUCGAGUCGAAAUUUGUAGAGGACAAGCUUUACGAGCACAUUAACGCUCCCAAAUGGUUCGAUUUCUUGGCACCCCUGAACGACUCUGUGGACGACGACGCUUGGUUCUGUAGGCCCGAUUGCAACCACCCAAAGACAGCUCAAGAUUUUCUCAACUUCACUCCUUCUAAGCUUUCAAGCGCAGCUGAUUUCUCUGAAAUCCCUCCACUUGGUGACAGAAACCUAAGAGAGGCAAAGUUGAAGAGAAGAGCUUUGACUCACGCUUGGACUUCGCCAAGUAGUAAUUCCAAAUUCAAUGAAGAUGGUGAAAAUCAGAAUCCAAACCUAUCAACUCCUCCAAAUAUCGUUGCCAAAACCAUCAAGUCCGCAAUCAAAUCAAGUACAGAGAAGACUGAACCCAUUGAUGGUGCUUCUUCUUACAACAACAAUGCGCUGCCGACUCUGAAAAGCACUCUCUCCGCUAGGAAUUUAUUCGCGGGGCGGGAUAUUCUGAAUCAGAUCACUGAGUUCUGCAAUGAAUUGAAAAGACUAGCCACGAGAUCGAGGGAGAGAGAGAAUGAAGAUAGGUUGAAUGUGAGGAAGAUUAGUGUAGAGGGUGUGGAGGAGGAAGAGGUAGAGAAGACGGGGGAGCAGAUUAAAGGUGAGGCUUUAAGUGAACUGAAUGGGAGGGAGAGAGAACGGAAACCAUUGUUUGCGGUCAGUAAUGAGAGAUCUCAAGGAACUGAGAAAAGCAAUGUUAAGGAGAAGUUGAGGAUAAAGAAAAAUGAUGAGGCAGAGAACAUCCCCAUCUCUGUGAAUUUGGAAUAUGUAAAGCGCAAAGGGGACGAGAAGUUGCAAAUUCGGACAAAUCCUCCCUCACCACAAUGCUUUUCUGCCACAAAGGGCCCUGGAAAAACAACACCUUCAAAGAUUUCCAAAUCCAAGCUAAUGGAAAGGGGAAUCCUUCAAGAACAGAACAAGAAAAUGGAGGAGUCGAAGGAGGAGUCCAUAUACAAAGGAAAAGCUCUUCCUAUUGUUGAUGGAAGAGAAGCAAGAACUUUGGAUGUAUUUUGGUUUCUGAAGCCUUGCACAAUGUCCAGCUAGAUGAUCAGAUUCAUUCUUUGAUUCUUUGAUUUUUUAUUUAUUUAUUUUUUGCCAUCAUAAAAACUUCUCUGCAUAGUUCCCUUGUAUGAUACAUUAAUUCUUUUUCCUUACACCCUCUACUUUCCCUCCCUUCUUUCAUCCAUUUUGUUGCCAAUAAAAGAAACUGUAAGUAAUAUUCAACAAUUAUAGUUAGAUCAGUUUCUAUGAAUAAUAUACAUAUUAUAUUUUGUUUUCUUGGAUCACCA